ACGGCGCGGGGCGGGAGUGGGCGCGGCGAGGCCCGCGGCGGGGCAAAACUGGCCUGGGCCCUGGCGGCCGCCGAAGCGCGUGCGGCGUGGACUUUGCCGGGCUUGCCACCAGCCCGAGACCCGUUUAGGACCGGGAGACCGAACGCAGCGUCCAGCCGAGGAGUUUCGGCGGCGUUCUCCGGGCACCGCGCGCGGGAAGCCAGACGCAGCGGGGGGACAGCUCGCGGUGGCGUUGCCAGAGUGAGGAGUUAGCAGGCAGGACUUGACGAGGCUCUUUGGUUUUUCUAGUCCUCAACCACUGAAGAAGAAGCUUGAUGCUUGGCUGUCAGAGACAUGAAUUACGCACGGUUCAUCACGGCAGCGAGCGCAGCCAGAAACCCUUCUCCCAUCCGGACCAUGACUGACAUAUUGAGCAGAGGACCAAAAUCGAUGAUCUCCUUGGCUGGUGGCUUACCAAAUCCAAACAUGUUUCCUUUUAAGACUGCCGUAAUCACUGUAGAAAAUGGAAAGACCAUCCAAUUUGGAGAAGAGAUGAUGAAGAGAGCACUUCAGUAUUCUCCAAGUGCUGGAAUUCCAGAGCUUUUGUCCUGGCUAAAACAGUUACAAAUAAAAUUGCAUAAUCCUCCUACCAUCCAUUACCCACCCAGUCAAGGACAAAUGGACCUAUGUGUCACAUCUGGCAGCCAACAAGGUCUUUGUAAGGUGUUUGAAAUGAUCAUUAACCCUGGAGAUAAUGUCCUCCUAGAUGAACCUGCUUAUUCAGGAACUCUUCAAAGUCUGCACCCACUGGGCUGCAACAUUAUUAAUGUUGCCAGUGAUGAAAGUGGGAUUGUUCCAGAUUCCCUAAGAGACAUACUUUCCAGAUGGAAACCAGAAGAUUCAAAGAAUCCCCAGAAAAACACCCCCAAAUUUCUUUAUACUGUUCCAAAUGGCAACAACCCUACUGGAAACUCAUUAACAAGUGAACGCAAAAAGGAAAUCUAUGAGCUUGCAAGAAAAUAUGAUUUCCUCAUAAUAGAAGAUGAUCCUUACUAUUUUCUCCAGUUUAACAAGUUCAGGGUACCAACAUUUCUUUCCAUGGAUGUUGAUGGACGUGUCAUCAGAGCUGACUCUUUUUCAAAAAUCAUUUCCUCUGGGUUGAGAAUAGGAUUUUUAACUGGUCCAAAACCCUUAAUAGAGAGAGUUAUUUUACACAUACAAGUUUCAACAUUGCACCCCAGCACUUUUAACCAGCUCAUGAUAUCACAGCUUCUACACGAAUGGGGAGAAGAGGGUUUCAUGGCUCAUGUAGACAGGGUUAUUGAUUUCUAUAGUAACCAGAAGGAUGCAAUAUUAGCAGCUGCAGACAAGUGGUUAACUGGUUUGGCAGAAUGGCAUGUUCCUGCUGCUGGAAUGUUUUUAUGGAUUAAAGUUAAAGGCAUUAAUGAUGUAAAAGAACUGAUUGAAGAAAAGGCCGUUAAGAUGGGGGUAUUAAUGCUCCCUGGAAAUGCUUUCUACGUCGAUAGCUCAGCUCCUAGCCCUUACUUGAGAGCAUCCUUCUCUUCAGCUUCUCCAGAACAGAUGGAUGUGGCCUUCCAGGUAUUAGCACAACUUAUAAAAGAAUCUUUAUGAAGAAAUUAAACUAGGUUGGGCAUGGUGGCUCACACCUACAAUCGCAGCACUUUGGGAGGCUGAGGAGGGCGGAUCACUUGAGCCCAGGAAUUCAAGGCUGCAGUAAGCUGCGAUCACACCACUGCACUCUCUGGCCUGCGUGGCAGAACAAGACCCUGUCUCUGAAAAAAGAGAAAGAAAGAAAUCAAACUAAUCAAUGCUGCUCAUGGAUUUUUCCAAUAAAUUUCUUGUUUUGGCAGGAAGAAAUGAACACUGGUAUUAGACUUACAGAUUAAAUUUCCUCAAACAUGUCCUAUCUGUAGUAGUUCAACUAGACCCCUUUUAAAGUGCCUCUAAAUUCAUCAGAUGGCCAAACUGUAUUUAUAAUCCACUUAGGCAUUUUGAAAAAUUUUCAACCUGUAAAAAAUUACUUUUAUCUUGGAUUUAUUAUAAAGAACUUUGUAGUUGCUUUAUAAUUUCCCAUAAAUUGUCUUUGAAACUAACAUUUUACACUAAAUUAUUUUGAGAUUUUAAAGUAAUUAAGUUCAAAAUGGUAUAUAAUGUGUACUUUUUCUACUUUUAGGAAAAUUUAAUGAGAGCUUAUUGCAAAAAUUGUUAUAAGUUGGUCAUUAUAAGUGACUUUUAGUAAAAGUACCAUAAACAUUAUGUUAUGCCACAGAAAUUCCUUUAAAAUAAAAUUCUGAAACUAAACAUA